AUGUGCAUGUUGAAACUCAGUCGAAUCUGCGGACACCGCGGACUGCUUGGCUACGCUCGACUACAGCGGCGUUUCGUCAGCAGUUUCAGUGAUAAUUCACGUCCUCCAUCCUAUCCCAAUGGUCUUAGGGAUCACCCCAUAGAUCAGCUGUUUGGGGCCUACGAGGAGGUCUUCUCCGUCAGGAUUCACUUUCUGCGCCAGGGCGUAGGAGCCAAGAAUAUUCUCCUUUUUCCCGGCCCAUUCGGUUCCGCCAGCACUGACUACAUGGACUUUCUACGCCGUCUUAACAGGAAUGAGUACGUUCUGUAGGGUUCGGUCUUGUCUGCUCGUACAUAUUGAUGUAGGUGUACAGAAGUACCAUAUAAAGGUGCCACCGAGACUGAUAGCUGCGUUAAGUAUCCAGUUUGAACACUCUGAGAAUUAGAAGGACUAGUUGGAUAGGCGUGAAGUCGAAUAAAGCAUUCCAUGCAGUGUUUGUAGUGCAGACUAUUGCGGUGAGAUUGACAAAUCUGCCUCUACACGCAUUCAUGGGUCUAACUUAAGCGGUAGAAAAGGAGACUAUCUAUAACAUGUGUACCCUGGAUGCCGAACAAAACUUUGCUUUGGAGGGUGUUCAGAGUUUUGGAGCCUGCCGAUAAAAGAUAGGCAGAGCGUUACUCGGGGCCAUGCACUCGGGUGACUCACGAAUCAGACGUAUAUCGAUUUGACUACCGCGUAUAAAAGUCUCAGGGGAAGGGCAAGAGACGGCAGCCAAUCCAAAGAGGAUGAUAGCAUGCAGAGACUGAUCAUUGGUUCACAACUUGAGAAUGUAUUGAUUUUCAUGCAUGUUUGAAAAGUUAUCUGUUUUGCACACCUGAUACGCGUCCGAGGAGUGCCUGGGGAACUAGCGUCGAAAGUUUGCGCCACAAAAUUUUGCUACCUUUUCGGUUAACUUAUUUAACUUCAACUCAUAUUUCUAGGGAUGCCUAUCUUUCAGUAAAGAGAGAUAGCAUAACGAGCAAUAUAAGUUUAAGUACUUUGGACAAAACAGUAAGCCUGAAUGUCCACGUCUUCGACGCUAGGUCCCCAGGUUAACACCAUACUCAGUAAAUGUGCAACACAACUGACUUUCUAAAUGUGCCUGUAAAACCCAUAAUGAUUUAGUGCUUGUAACAAUGGUUGUCUGUGCCCAAGAGUGGUAGCGGUAUGUCAGUUAUAUGUCUGUCGUUGCCUGCCCUGUCGCGUCAGUCGAUCUAUUCUGACAAUCUCAAUUUCUUCUUUGUUCAUUUCGUCUCACGACGGGGUUGGUGUCACCAAGCUGAAAAUUCAUGAGAAAAGCUUGAUUUCCCGAAGAGCCUUCUCUUUCCGAAUACACAGUACGUGACCUGUCUCAUGAAAUCUUAUAACGGAAACUGAUGCGAGAAUUUCUGGACGUCUUUAACGUUGCGCAUUUUGUUCGCUCAUCCACUUCCUUCAAUCAAAUGUCCUUUUCUUGUGCAGAAAUUGUGUUUACGUAAUUAUAUCAAGUAAAUUAUAAGUAAAUUUUAGCGAAAAUUGACGUUGGAAUAUAUUCGUGCAAUUUCCUAUGCCUAUACAUGUCCUAGACUUUGAUUACGCAUCUCAGCGACUUCUUCAAUGGAAUGAUAGUAAUUUACCCGCGAGUUUUAAUAAACAGAUCUAACCGAACUUUAAAAUUUAUUUUAUGUCCGAUGUUAACCAUGUUGAUCAAUCUGCUGAGACAAGGGUUAUUUUAAGACAACUAGAGGUUUUAUCAGUUCCUAAAAGUCAAAUUAGCAUAUCUGUGCGAUUUGGUGCCCUAAAGUACAGUAAUAAUGCAGAUAGGGAUUCCUUCGAUUAAAUGGGUUGAACUUUUUUUGCCGUUUGGAAAAUUUUACCCGAUGUCACAUAAAUGAUCACCACCGAAUGGUCAUUUCCAGUCUUGAACAUAUGAAACACCACUUGUCGUGUAGUUUAGCUGCUGUAAAUACCUUAUUCAGAAAUAGAACGAGCAGAACAUCAAAAGUUUCAGCAAAAUAUCCGUUUUUAUAUGGGCGCUCUGCCGUGCUCUCUCAUACGUGAAAAAUGUAUUUGAACUAGUUGAAAAGCCCCAAAAAACACCAACAGGCAACUACCUUGCGCACACAGCACGUACACCAUAAGGACAGGGCUGGGUACCUCGAAGGAAAGGGCGUUAUCUAUAAAAUCCCAUGUGCUAUUUGCGAUACCGUCUGUCUUGGCCAAACUGGGAAAUCUAUCUCAACCCGUAUACACGAGCAUCAGUUAGCGGUGAGGAGACGCGACCAUCUAUCCCAGGGGGCCAUGUACACACUGGACACUGGGCACAAAUUUGCGUGGGAGAACACUCGUAUUGCCAGCGCCUGCCCAAUAAGGAAGGGCCGUGAAUCCCUGAAAGCAAUGCCGUCAGAUGAGGCAUGCAUCAAUCGGCAUACCGAUCUAGAUGCUGUAUGCAAUAUCUGUAAGGAAAGAUGCAAACUGACGCAACCAGUCUCGAAGAGGCGACGAAAUGCGAUUAACAUAUAUUGGCACGGACAGCGAUCAGUCGCAGAAUCCUUCUUAGACUCAGUCAAGGAGUUACUUGUUUUUGUACACCCAUAAUCUGAAGCCGAGCUGAGGGACCAGCCUCAAAAAUUUACACAGUAAAUGUUUCAGUUUCCCAAAGAAUUUUAUCUUCCUAAUGAAUUUUUGGGAUGCCCGUUUUGCAGUUCAUAUAUAUUUAUAAAUACGAGAAGAAGAGACGAUCUGGGGAACCAUAGUUGUAUUGUUCUGACGUUUCAAAAGCAGACCAGCUUCCGUAGUCGGAGUUGAAGAUCAUACCGUGCCACAUACUAUUUAUAAAAGGGUGACAACCAUCAAAGGAAGAAGAGGCGUACACCUUGAGUGGUUUAUUGGAGGUCCGACGUUUCGAGUAGUUGAUUCGUCUAACUAUCUUCAGAGACUGGAAAGUCCUGUGCACAGCUCCCCCUUACAUGGCGCACUUUGUUCACUGCGUGACCCACCAAUGCCGCCUGUGUGGCUGCAUCCAACCCGCGUGUCACCGUUACCUGAAUCUCCCCCGUCGGCCGCGGAGAUGACUGACGGCCCCGAUUGUCCCGCGCGGCGACUGUCCCCCGUUAAGGUUCGUAGUCAGAUAGGGGGAGGCCAAUUUAUGUGGCGGUUGACAGAGCAGUCGGUGGACAUCCAGGCUUCAUGCACCCACCUUGCCGCAUGACCACCGCCCUGGUCCACAAUCUUAACAGCGUCCAAGUUGAAGAUGUGUCCAUUUGAGCGGCAUGGGUUGCUACCUCCAACUUUAAGUCCAACCUUCUCACGGCCAACUUAUGCUCGUGCAUUCGCGUUUACAGCCGUCGGCCGGUUUCCCCAACGUAGUUGCGCCUUCCGCAGCUGCAUUGAAGUCGAUAGACAACGGCCGACAUCUCCUGCUUAGGGAUCUGAUCUUUUGGCCACAUCACUUGCCGGCAGAUUGUUGAGUCAGGCCUGUGGGCAACACCUAUUCCGAGUGGCAUGAGGGAUCUAGCCACGGUUUCGGAGACCCCUUUAACGUACGGAAUGCCCCGCCACGAGUUUGACUGAUUAUGCUCUUCAUUCCGUUUCUUUGGCUGCCUUCGACUCCGUUCAAUGAAGGCCCGCGGAUAGCCGUUGGCUCUGAAGAGUUCUUGGAGGGGCUUUAUCUCGUCCAGUUUGGCGGCUGGCGUGCUGCAAUGAGUUUCCGGCCGUCGGUAUAGCGUGCGGAUACAGCUUCGUUUGUGUUGUAGCGGGUGGUUGCUGUUGUAACUGAGCCUUUGCAGCGUGUUCGUCGGUUUUCUGUAGACCGAUGUCACUGGUUUUCCGUUUGGUUGGCGGCAGACGAGAACAUCCAAGAAUGGAAGUUUGUCCCCUACUUCCUCUUCCAUCGUUAACUGUAGAUCGGGAAUGAUUGAGUUCAGUAGUUUCGAAUAGUAGCUGAUUUUAUCCCGGUCUAUGAGUACAAAGGUGUCAUCAAAGUAACGUGCCCAAAACUUGGGUUUGUACUCCUCGAAUAGUCGUCUCCCGAGUUUUGUAGAACCGCCUCGGCAAUGAGCCCGGAGAUUGGUGAACCCAUUGGAGUGCCCUUGAUUUGCUCGUAUGUGAUCCCUUCGAAGGUAAAGAAUGUCUUGAGGCAGUGCCCCAUGAGUUCUAUAACAUCCUGAGGUGUGGGCUAGUCAUCGCCCCCAACGUAAUUUUGACGUAGCAGGUCGCUGAGCGUUUCGACCGCAAGGGCCUUUGGCAUGGACGUGAAGAGUGAGAAGACGUCAAAAGACACCAUCCUCUCAUUCGGUUCGAUCGUGGCUGCCCUUAUUUUGUCAAGGAAUUGUUCUGCUGAGUGCAGCGUUGUUUGUCGGACAUCCCAUAAACCACUCCCGGUGAACGCCUCUUCUUCCCUUGGUAUGCCACCUGGGAAUCGCAUUUUCACUAUCACUGAGGUGACAACCAUGUUGACACGACGGUGAUUUUACGGGUUUGUCUUAACAGUGUACACUAGGAGAGUCAUUAAUCGGCUUUGGCGCUCAUAGCCCACAUACGCACAGGGAUCGUCUCUGUAGUAGUCGGGGAGAGGGAGAGUGACUGCUGCCUGUCAGUCUGUCUCUCGUCGUUGAGGUGUUUAAAUAUUGCGCAGGGAUCCUCUCUGCUGUCGCCGGGGCCAGAGGGGAAGGAAGGGUGACUGCUGUCUAUCUGCCAGUCUCUCGUUCGGGGGGGGGGGGGUGGCGGGGUUUUAAUAUUGGCGGUCGUCACCCUCAUUUGCGUUGACCUCAGUUGCCUUCCUGGGUCACCAGUUUUGUUUGCAUCCCUUUGACCGCAUGUCUCCCCGUCUGCCGGAGUAGUGGCUGAAGCGGCAAUAUUAAUGACUGCGCCUUCAUCUGGUCCUAAUUACGAUGUGGCUACAUGUGUGUCCGUCGUGGGUUCCCUCGUGUUUGGAUUCACGUUCAACCUAACUUCUCGCUUGCUCAUUCAUUCGCUGAGCUGCGUUCGGAGGGCUUGUAGGCUGCCAGAAGGGCGACACAAUGGUUUAUGGUGCCAGGCCUCGAUUGUUUCCCUGGCUAUGCGGCCAAUUCCUCUACCAAGAAUUUCGGCGUUCUGGAAGGCCAACGGAUGCACAGAGUGUGUGUGCAGUGUUACGCCACCAGAGACAAUGGGACCAACCUCCUCACUUGCUCUCUGUGUGUUUGUUAACACGGGUCUGUAAUCGUUUGUCGGUGUCUCCGAUGUAAGUGGCUACGCAAGAAUUACACCAGACUCGGUAGAUUACGUUGGUCGUCUCAUCUCGUGGCAGGGAGGCCUUUGGUCUCAUGGCUAAAUAUCGAAUGGUUGAGACCGGUCGAUGGGCGAUUUCGAUCCCCAAGGAUCUUAGGGAGCAGAAAACUGCCUCAGAGACGCCGCCAAUAUACAGUGCGUGACCUAUCUCAUGAAAUGUUGGCUGAAAUUCUGAAAUACGUUUUCGAUUAGGAAGGAUUACUUGGUCGCGGUCGUGACACUGAUUAUCUUAAGGCAUACUCUUAUAACAUUUUAGACUCAGCAGGAUGUCGGCUUUAAAGUGCGCUUCUUUUAAAUCUCCUGUAGAAAGUGUGCUUGGUAAAAAAUGACUACUUAAGUAGCAUGCAUUUUUCCCAUUGAUUUUCGAUGGUCUUGGGAAUUCAAAUAUAUUUUAUAGAAACCACAAACAAAAAUAUGCUUUCUUUUAGUCAAUCAAUAGAGAAUUACGUCUUCUUUAUAUUUUAUACUUAAGGAAGGAGUAUAAUUAGGUUUUAAAAAAGUUUCUUACUAUGAGACUUUUUGAGACCGCGAUAUGUCCAUUCACAUAGCAUCGUACCUGGCCGUUUACCACUGCUCCUCAUGAAAUGUACAACAUGGUCCGCAUCCAUGGCAAAAUUUUAUGGACCCUGUAUGAUAUCUCUUUAAUGACAUAGAAAAAUAUGGGAUUUUCUUUACGCGGAAGGCAUGAACCUUGUAGAGUGUAAUCACUAAGCGCUAAUGCAACGAAUGAUAAGGCUCAAAAUUUUUCGGCAAUUGGGAAACUUUUUUAAACCCUAAUUAUACUCCUUCCUUAAGUAUAAAAUAUAAAGAAGACGUGAUUCUCUCCCCUCAGAUAUAAACCUAUAUACAUAUGUGUGUGAGCAUAUUCGAAAUAGGUGAGAUUGUUUGGAAACAAAACGACCUUUGCUGUGUUAAUGUUCGAGGCUGGUUCUCCAGCUCGUCGUCAGACUUAUGGGUAGUGUAAAAAAACAGUUAACUAUUUAGCCGUGUCAAACAAGUGGUUCUGCUGCUGGUCGAAACCUUGGCCAAUGCGCGUCUAUUGCGUUUCGUCAUCCCCUUGGCAUUGGAUGCGUCCCUUUUCAUUUGCCCUUGAGAAAUUUUUACGUGACAGCUAAAGCGAUAUGCCGACUGAUGUAUGCCACAUCAGAGUGCAUUGCCUCCUGGAAUCCAUGGGCUUUCCUUAUUGGACAAACACUAACAAUGUGAUUGUCCUUCGAUGUAAAUUUGUGUCUAGUUUCUAGUGUGUGUAUCGUUAUCUGGAAUACAUGGUCCCGUCUCCUCACCGCCAACUAAUGCUCGUGUAUACGGGUUGAGACAGAUUUCCCAGUUUGACCACAGUAGACGGCAUCUCAGCUGGCACACGGCAUCUAACCCUGUCUUUAGGGUGUGCAAGUUGUGUGCGCAAAGUAGUUGCGAGCUAAACUAUGCACGGCAGAAAUGCCAGAGAGCUGCCUCCCUCCCCCAGUCUACUGGCUGACAACGCAUGUCCGUCCACCCUCCCUCCUUUUAGAUUUACCGCGAUAGCCUUUGAUCCGCCAGGCUGCGGUUUCAGCAUUCCUCCCGUCCGCGACUGGAGUGAUCCCGAGAUCCUGCUGCAGGAUGCCAGAAUUGGCGUGAAUUUGAUGCACCAGCUGGAUCAUUUGCCCUUCUUCUGCGUGGGCUGGUCAGAGGGCGCCCAGUCAGCCAUCUUGGCAGCAUCGGAGUUAAAUUUUGAUGGUCAGUCGCAUUUUGAUAGGCCCUUUCUGUUGGUGCAUUUGGUUAAUUCUCCGGGAAUGCGCGUAUUGUGGGCGCUGACAUCAACUUUGUGUCAGCUGAUCGGUCGUCUGGAUAGCGUUACAAAGAGGGACGAAAUCCAUGCGAUUCCGUCUUACUCGGGGCCUGAGCUAGAGCGUCUGCAGAGAGUCGCACACUAGCCUGAGUCCAAAUGCCAAGUUUCUUCAGCUUGUUGUGAAGGUAUUAGCUGGCUAAAAACAGACUGUAUGCCAAAAAUCAUCAUCCGAGUCUCCCUUAUCUCUUUUUGGCAACAAUUCGCGAUUAUUGAAUGCUGACCUAUCCUAAGAUCCGUUUCAGUUAUCGGUGUUGAUCGUGCCGGAGGAAAUGUACACUCACGUAAUACAUAACUAGGCGUAGUGCUGACUUAUACGUGAAUUCGUUUAUCAUGAUGCCGACUUGAACAACAUCUAUCACACCCUCUCUUCCCUCACACGCCAGACUUCGAUGGCAAGACCACCGGAGGUGAACUCGGGCUCAGUGACUGAGACAGUUAUACAACCCGUCUUAAGUAAUUUUACUCUAUAAACGACUGAAUUAUUGUACCGUCGGGCUUGCAUUAUUUCUAGCACCGCUUUUUUGCGGUUAAUGUUAGUGUGUACGCGCCGAGCGAAUUAGGUCUCCUAAAAGGAGUUUAUUACAUACAAGACGGUUCCUUGAACUCAUUUACGAAACACGCCACUUCGUCCAGGUAUAUCUUCCUAGUGUGAAGAUAAAUGUAGAAGUCUUUUGACGGAGCAUGUUUUAGAAUGGGACUUAUGGACUUGCCUCUGGCAUCGCCUUGAUUUCGACUAACUCAAGUAUUUGCGAACUGUUUGAGUCGAAAGGAUGCCCGUUUUUGAGGUUGCGUUUGGCGGACCCGAACGCGAAUGCCCCUGUUCCACUGAAAUUUUUUGAUUGGGCAUUUGUGUGGUCUGUCAUCUGACAGGCCAGCGGCAAUAAUUAGCAAAGAACUCAAAAAAGUGAACACAGGAGAUGAAACGUCUGUGAAGAGCAUCUCCUCUCUGGAUUUCAUACGUCGAUCGGGAUCAGUACCCGAGGUCCACUCUGAUUGGUUCAAGCAUGUGCUGAGAAGUUGCCUCUGAGAGGUGGUACGGGUGACGCGUGGGAGACCUCAGAGGCCAUUUUUGUCAGAUCAGUUGCGUUUUCUGCUCUUACUGACUUCAGCGUCCCUGAUUGGUUGACCGGGCAGGCGGGCGAGCAUUUGGGCAGAUACGCAUUUUGCUAACACUGGCUAUAAUGAUUUAAUGUAGUCUCCAGUGGCCUUCGCGACGGAUGAGUCCGAAUCAGGGGGAACUACGACUAUACGGCUAUCAAAUCGUAUUUCGAAGAGGGGAAUGAUGAUCAAAUUGGAUCACACAUGAAGAACACAAUGCGCUGAAACAGUUAACUGUCAGCGCGCUGGAUAAAUUGUCUCUGAUCAAGUUCAAAAAUACCACAAUUUGAAGCAGUUAACGGUCCACUUAUUCACCUGUGAUGUGAUAUUCAUGUGUCGGAGGUAGCUCGAAUGUUAGACGCCGAAUGAAAAAAUACCAUUUAGCCCAGAUAUGGAUAUGAAAUGUGUAGAAGGGUCCGAAAGAUCCUGUCCCAGGAGAAGAU